AUGUCUACGAUCAACUCUCUUUUGCCAAAGGGUGCAUGGGACACCCACAUCCAUGUCUUCGAUCCUGAGAAGUUCCCCUAUGCGACACCACGAUCGUAUACGCCCAAGGAAGCCCCAGUUGUGGACUAUCCGAUGGAGGUGACGGGUUGCACCGGCCUCGUUGUUGUCCACGCUUCCAUGCAAGGGUCGUCGCCGGCAGCCUUGGUGGACACUCUAAACCGGCAGUCUAGCAUGCCUGGCUUCAAGCUGCGUGGCCUGGCGACUAUUGAUGUUGACAGUAUCACCGAUGCAGAGCUGGAUGCCCUGCAUGCCGCCGGCGUUCGUGGCGCUCGUAUGCAUGAGAUGGCAUGGGGCCACGGCGAGCAGAAAGGCGGCGAGCAAAUCACCAAGAAGGUCAAGGCCUUAGCUAGCCGUCUAGCCCGUCUCGGCUGGGUCAUCGGAAUUUUCUGCCCGCUGCCUGCGUGGGCUGCCAUGGCCGACAUGAUCCGCGGGUUAGAUCCGCGAGUCAAGAUCGUAGCGGACCAUUUCGGCAGUACGUUCCCCGGUGACGAGAAAACGGAAGACUUUCAGACACUGCUCUCGCUCAUCAAGGAGAAGCGACUCUUUGUCAAGAUCUCCGGCUUCGAACGUCUAUACCAUGGUCACCCCGCUGGAAUCAACAGUCUCGCGACGGCGGCCAAGGCCAUCAUCGAGGCGGGUCCUGACCAGAUCGUUUUCGGAACCGACUGGCCGCACACUCAGCUCGGCGUUACCCGCAAGGGCAAAACGGAUGAGCAGCGCCUCAAUGAGAUUGAGGGUUUCCGCGAGGUUGACGACCUAGCGCACAUUAAGAAGAUCCGUGAAUGGAUUCCGGAUGAUGAGAUAUGGCAAAAGCUAUUCGUCACAAACCCACAGCGGAUCUUUGAGUAA